AUGACAACAUUGGGCCUAACUCUGCCAUCGCCUGUUUCUCUUUAUAAUCCCGACCAUGUUUCCAUGGCUAUCUAUUUUGUGACGAAAUGUCACUUGCAGGCGCCGCUCGCAUACAAGGCCCGUAUCCACUUUUUCUAUUUCUUUUAUCACAAUUUCAAGUUUAGAAUGAACACAAAUGACUCUCCCAACGCAUCCUCACCUCAGCCAUCUAGAUUAAAGCACCCUGACGAUCAGUCAAGUGCACCUCACGCCGACGAAGAAAACACAUCAGGUUCGGAUAAAGCACAAGUUGAUGCAUCUGGGUCUGACGCUGAUCGAUCUAGCCAGUCGAAACAAGCAACGGCGAGCAACAGCAGCACCAAUAACGACGACGACGAAAACAAGAUUACAGACGUUGAUCAAGCAUGGACAGCUACUUGGGAUGCAAACAACCAGGCAUAUUACUGGUGGAAUAUGGUGACAUACGAAACGACCUGGGAGAACCCACUUAUUAAAAACCCAGGCGACGGCAAAACUGAAGGCAGCAAUGACAAAGUAAUAAAGGGAGAAAAAGAAGGAAGCCGAGAACUUUCGGGCUCUCCAGCAUUGAGUAGUGAAAACAACUACGUUGCUGGCACGGACAGUACUACUGCUGCCACUUUGACAGAUCAUACAACAUACCCACAGUAUCCAGGACAAGAUUAUUCAUACUCGGUCCAAGCGUAUUUCAAUUCACGGACGGGCAAGUUCCAAGCAGCGAGUGAAAUGGAACGUCUUAACCCGGAACAUUUAUCGAUAGAAAGUCGAGCGACGCGACAAAUGAAGUAUUACUUUGAUGUCGAUGAUUAUACCGAACAACGCAAUCGUGACCGAUCUUUAGGCGUUAGCAGCGGCUCUAAACAGCGGCUGUCAAAGAAGGAUGUCAAUCGAUACAAGAGGGCCAAACAAGAUAAAAAGUUGAAACGAGCUCGGGAAUGGCUUCGUGAUUAA